AUGGUAUAUUCAAAAUACUAUAUUAUAUGUCAUAUGAUUAUUAUUAUUAUAUUAUUAUUAAUAUUUCCUUGUUUCCUUUCUUUUUUGUUUUUCUUUCUAUCUAUCUAUCCUCUUCUUCUACCACUCAACAUCAAAGCAACUGUCGGCUCUAUCUCAUCCACCUCACCAUAUGGAGGUGUUGUCCAACUAGUUGGUAAAUACCUUUGGACAACCAGAUUGGAUUCAACUACAACUACCAUCUCAAUUAGCGUUGGAGGAGUAACAUGUACAUCACCAGUGGCCAUUGGAAAUGAUGGAACCAAGUUGAAUUGUACUCUUGGUAAUGCUAGUCAAUAUAGAUCAGAUAUUCAAUUAUCGAUUGACUCUGUCAAUGCCAACUCUACAACCAUUUACACUAGUAUUCCACCAAUUAUCACAUCGAUUACAUCGUCGUACUACCUCAUCAAAAGUGUAAUUUCUAUUUUUGGUAAUGAUUUCUAUACAUCUCCCACAACAGUCUUUAUCGGUGAUAGUCCAUGUAAUAAUGUUUUAGUUGUCGAUCCACAACACAUUACUUGUCUAUUCGAUAGUAAUGACAGCAAUGCCAAUUCAAUAUUGGAUGUGUAUAUCAAAUCUGGUGAAUUAUCAGCCGUUCAAAUUAGAUUAUUCAAAUACACCAUGUUGCAAUGUUUGAAUUCAUGUUCAUCACAUGGAAAGUGUGUCACCUCUGGUCAAUGUCAAUGCAACAGCGGAUACACAGGAGCUGAUUGUUCAAUCACAUACGUUCAAUCAUUAGUUCCAGGUGAUGCAGGAACACCAUCAGGAGGUAGAUUCAACAUGUUUAACAGUUCAAUGGAAUUCUUCCUUUCACACAUUCAAGAAGUUCGUCAAAACAAUACUGUUGUCCAAACUAUUGCUCUCACCAACUGGGACGUUUAUGCUCAAGAUGGCAACACAACCUCUUACAACUCAACAUCAGCCAACCACAACAUUAUUCUCACAGUCAGUGAAUACAAUACUUCAUCUGUUCAAUCAUAUCUCGGCGAUGAUAUUGUUAUUCCAACCAACUCUGUCAAACACUUUAUCACUCUCGGUAAAUUCAACUUUGAAUCAACCAACUCAUCACUCCGUAUCAUCUAUCAAUUCAAAUCACCAUCAGAGAUUGAAUACAAUUGCAACAAUGAAACCACCAAACACCAAUAUGACACAUCAUCAUCAACAACCACCAUCAAAUCAUACACUAUUGACACACCAGUCGGUACAAUGAUGGCAUCAUUUAGCAACCGUGCCGAGAUUGAUGAUAUCAAUUCAAUGGUCUCAUCAAUCCAAGCAAUCACAUCAGUUGACUCUUCCGCCCAAUCAACCAACGGUCACCAAUACAUUGCCAUCCAAGUUCCAUCAUUUGAAGACUAUGUCCAAAUGGAUCCAAUAUUCUCAGCCACAUCAAAGACUGCACCAUCAACCGAUGCAUGUGUUGCAUCUGUAUCUUCAUCCUCUGUACCACCAAUCUUAUUACUAUCAAUAAUAUCAUCGAUCGUUGUUAUCCUCAUUUUUUAA